UCGGCGGCCGCCGUCCCUGUCACCUCUCCGCUCGCCGUAGUUUCUGUCAGGAACAUGUUGACCGUUCUCCGCCGGCGGCUGCCCGGUUCCCACUUUCUCUGGAGAGGGAGAGCCGCCUCCGGGCUGAGCAGCAGCAAUGAGAGCCCCGGGAAGAACAACAAGUACCAGGACACCGUGCUGCUCCCUCAGACCGACUUCCCUAUACGCCGGAGCCCCGAGGAGACCGUCAGCACCGAGCUGCGCCUGCAAGAGGAGGCAAACUUCUUGCAGCUUUAUAAUUGGCAAAAAGCGAAAAAAGCAAAGAAGGAAUUCAGUCUACAUGACGGCCCCCCCUACGCUAACGGAGACCCCCACGUGGGACAUGCACUUAAUAAAAUUCUGAAGGACAUUACAAAUCGUUUCCACAUGAUGAGGGGCUACAAAGUGACCUACGUGCCGGGUUGGGACUGCCACGGCCUGCCUAUAGAACUGCGGGCCCUGGCAGAGAUCGGGGACAAAGCUGACAGUCUCUCCCCACUCGAGAUAAGAAGCAGAGCUAGGGCAUUUGCAGAAAAGGCCAUUGAGAAGCAGAAGUCCUCCUUCAUCCGCUGGGGGGUAAUGGCGGACUGGGAUAACUGUUAUUACACGUUUGAUAAGAAGUACGAGGCAAAGCAGCUGGAUGUUUUCUUCAAGAUGCACGAGAAGGGCCACAUAUACCAGGAUUACAGACCCGUGUUUUGGUCCCCAUCCACGAAAACAGCGCUGGCUGAGGCCGAGUUAGAAUACAACCAACAACAUGUCAGCCGAUCCGUCUUUGUUAAAUUUCCGCUGCAGAAACCUCCUCCUAAACUUGCUUCUGUAAUUGAUGGAGCCACAGCGAUCAGUGCUCUGAUUUGGACAACACAGCCGUGGACCAUUCCAGCUAAUCAGGCGGUCUGCUACAUGCCAGAUACCACCUAUGCCAUUGUAAAGUGUGGAUCCUCAGGAGAGCUCUUUAUUCUGGCUGCUGAUUGCGUGGACGCCACUGCUCUGUCCAUGGGGACUCAUUUUGAGGUCAUUUCAACAUUUAAAGGAGCUGAUCUGGAAAACGGCAUCUGUGAUCACCCCACAAUACCAGGACGCUCCUCUCCCCUUCUGGCUGCAAACCAUGUCACUAUGGGUAAAGGCACUGGCCUUGUGCAUACUGCCCCUGCCCAUGGCAUCGAAGAUUAUGGAGUCGCCUCUCAUCACAAGUUACCUGUGGACUGCUUGGUGGAUGAAGCUGGCCGCUAUACUGCUGAAGCAGGAGCUGAUCUGGAAAAUAAAGUGGUGCUUGAAGAUGGAAAUGAGGCCGUCAUACAGAUGUUGCUCGGCUCCAAGAAUCUGAUAAAAGAAGAAAGUUUUGUUCACAGUUACCCAUAUGACUGGAGGACCAAGAAGCCGAUCAUCAUCCGAGCCAGUCAGCAGUGGUUUGUGAACACGGCUAAUGUUAAAGACAAGGCUCAGGAAGUUCUAAAAAAAGUGAAGUUUACCCCGGCGUCAGCCUCCAGCAGGAUGAUUGAGAUGCUAGGCCGCCGCACAUACUGGUGCAUAUCAAGGCAGCGGAGCUGGGGUGUCCCUAUUCCUGUCUUCUAUCAUAAGGAGACACGAGAAGCUCUCAUCAACAGGCACACUGUCGGUCAUGUCAUUAAACUGGUGGAGCAGCAUGGCAGUGAUGUGUGGUGGACGCAUCCCAUAGAAGAACUGCUUCCUACGUCCGUGCUUCAGAAGGCUGGCAGCACUGCCAAUGCGCUUGAUUUUGAGCCGGGCCGAGACGUUUUGGACAUCUGGUUUGACAGUGGAACCUCAUGGGCCCAUGUUUUGGAAGACGCAGAGCAGCGUGCCGACGUGUACAUAGAAGGGAAGGAUCAGCUCGGGGGAUGGUUCCAGUCCUCACUACUCACCAGUGUGGCCUCCAGGAACAAAGCUCCUUACAAGAACUUGGUUGUCCAUGGCUUCACCUUAUCUGAGAAAGGAGAGAAGAUGUCUAAAUCACUUGGGAAUGUGGUGGAUCCCGAUGUCGUUAUUAGUGGUGGAAAGGACAAAGUAAAGGAGCCGGCCUAUGGAGCAGACGUCCUGCGGUGGUGGGUAGCUGAAUCCAAUGUCUUUACAGAAGUAAUGAUUGGUCCGACAGUCCUGAACUCAGCGCAGAAGGACAUCAAUAAGGUGCGGAACACCGUGCGAUUCAUGCUGGGUAACUUGUCUGGAUUCAACCCUGAGACUGACUCCGUCCCUGGACCUGAGAUGUAUAUCAUAGACCAGUAUAUGCUUCAUCUGCUUCAAGACUAUGCCAGCAAGGUAACUGAGGCCUACAAGAAUUAUGAGUUUGGGAAGGUCACUCGUCUGCUGGAAGCCCUGGUCACCAGAGACCUGUCCAGCUUCUACUUCAGUAUAAUCAAAGAUCGGCUGUACUGUGAAGAAGAGAGAGACCCUAAGCGUCGCUCAUGUCAGACGGCGUUGGCGAAGGCCUUGGACAUAGUGGUUCGCUCAUUCGCACCAAUUCUUCCACACCUGGCUGAAGAAAUAUUCCAGCACCUGCCAUAUAGAAAAGAUGGUGACAGUGUUUUCCGAACCGGGUGGUAUGUGCCGAAUUCUUUGUGGAAGAAGCCGGGCUUGGUGGAAGCCAUAGAGGCUGCUUGUUCCAUGAGGGAUCUUUUUCUUGGAGCAAUACCCGGCAAGAACACAGUGGAGUACGAGCUCUGCGUCGUCAUUGAGCCUGGCCUGCUGUUUGAGCUAAUGGAGACUCUGCAGGUGGAGGAGACCUCGAGCACAUCUCAGCUGAACGAGUUGCUGAUGGCAUCUCAGACCAGUCUGCUGACCGAGGUCCCAGUGGAUCUUUCUGCAGAUACCACAAUCCUUAAAGGGUCCUUCCUCAUCAACCUAGAAGGCGGUGACAUCCGUGAGGAGGAGGCAUAUAAAGUCAUCAUUCAGCCGAGUACCAAAGAACGCUGCCCACGCUGCAGAAAGUAUACCGCCAAAUCUGCCCUCACCCCCUGCCCCCGCUGCCUGGAGGCUAUUGCCGGAAAAUGGGGACAGUAGCCAUGUGGCUGCCACGCUGCAGGUGCCUUGUGUCUCCUCGACCUGCUGGGAACUUACAGUUGCCGUCAUCUGCCUGGCCGGUGUAGAUGCAUAUACUAAGUAUGUGCUGAUUAUUUACAGGAGAGCUGCUAGCUCAUAGUCUGCACUAUUCUGGAUUAUUGUACUUUUUCUGCAGCAUUUGUAAUAGCUAAAUGGGAAAGUUUUACAUUUCCAUAGGAACCUGUCACAAGGCUAUAUGACCGAUGAACGUGACAUCACAGGCCAAGAGGGCCACAGCCCUUUCCAAUAGCUGAUUGCCUGGAGUCAGACCCCACCUGAG